CGAGUUUUGCAUUUCAUCAACCACCGUUUUGCCAUAUUUCAACCCUCUGUUUUUUUUUUUCUCUGUCUGUUUGUGAAGAAAAAAAAAUGAGGGAAAGAAUGGAGAGAUUUGUACUUCUUCCGUUUUCAGUCGGGUGUAUCUCUGAAUCAAGUGUGGCUGUGGGAGUACAGCAGCCCAGAAAAUCCAAGGCUCACACAAACCCAUCUCCAAUAAAAAUGGAAGAAGAAGAUGAUGAUGAUGAAGAAAGCCUAUCAGGUGAAAGCACAAAGAGCUCAUUCAGGUCUUUAUCUCUCCGAAAACCAAACAUAUCCACUGGGAUUAACAGGCUUUUCAAGGGUUUCAAAAACUUCUCUCAAUUUUUUGUUUACAAGGAAGAACUGAAAAUGGAUAUGGAGAUCGGAGGUCCUACAGAUGUGAAGCAUGUGACGCACAUAGGUUGGGAUGGUUCCGCGACGAUAAGCGACGCCGUUAUGGGUUGGGAGAAUCUCAUAUCUCCUGAGUUGCUCUCUGUGCCAUCUGAUCCUUGGAGGCCAUCGUUUGAAUUCUCCAUGGCUGCACAAGUACCUGAUCAAACUCCUCUUAUUAAGGGUUCUGCCUCUUAAUUUAGACAGAGAGAUAUCAUUGCUACGUUGGUCAUAUAUAGUCGGUUCUUUGUAUUUAAAUUGUAUCUAAAUCAGGACCAUAUAUUCAAACUUAAAGGUGUCUCUCUCUUUUGUACUUUGUGGUGAAUGUUUGAAGCUCUAUGUAUGUUUGUGAUUACUAUGGCUAUAAGUAAUUAUAUAUGGGUGUCAUUGCCUAUAUACGAAUUUUUGGCAUUUCAAUAGACAUCCUUAACUCAAAGAGAAAAAAAUACUUGACUUAAUUUGUUUUGUAAUUAAAAGUGUCUUACUAU